CUUUGAUUGGCCGAAUAUGGGGCGAUCGCCGUGCUGCGACAAAGUCGGGCUGAAGAAAGGGCCGUGGACGCCGGAAGAGGACCAGAAGCUUUUGGCCUAUAUUGAGCAGCACGGCCAUGGCAGCUGGCGUGCUCUGCCUUCCAAAGCUGGUCUGCAAAGAUGUGGAAAGAGUUGUCGUCUGAGAUGGACAAACUAUCUAAGACCUGAUAUUAAGAGAGGCAAAUUCAAUGUACAAGAAGAACAAACCAUUAUCCAACUCCAUGCUCUUCUGGGAAACAGGUUAUUACUCUACUUCUGGUGUAUUAUAAGUGUCAAUUAAGUUCAAACAAGCAAUUUCAUCAUAACAUAAGUGGAAUACAUAGAAUUAGCAUUUCAGAAGCCGGUCACGCCUCCACCUCAAAAACUGCUUCUAUAUGCAAUUGAGUGGAAGCACUUUUACCCAAACAUUACAAUAUCUAUUUUUACAUUCUGAACAAGUAAAAACAAUUUUAUGAAAUAGAUCCAAACACGAGUGAAACAAAGACAACUUUAACAUAGACAUAUCUCAAUUCUGAUUCAGGGGUGUUUGGGAUUGACUAGGUGAAAUAGAAUCUGCUGUUUUUAGAAUAAUCAGAAUCACUUUAUUAGAAUCUGGUCUUUCCAAAUUCCUAAAAAAAUGCUUUUAGGGUCAAUUUGAAGUAUCCGAACUACUCCUGCAUCUUCACCUGAACAAUUCAAUAUCUUGUUCUUCUUUAAAGUGGUUAAACAGUUUUCAAAAAUAGAUCCAAACAAUCGGGAUCAAUAAGCUCAAUCACCAUGUUCAUAAGAAUUGCAGAUGAACUUUUACACAUGUUAGGCAAGACAAUGUAUUUGAUUUUUGGGAAUUUCAAAUUCUAAUAUGGAAUAUCGUUGCUUUUAUUAAUUGUGUUGGUGUCAGGUGGUCCGCCAUAGCCACGCACUUGCCGAAGCGGACAGAUAACGAGAUAAAGAAUUACUGGAAUACCCAUCUGAAAAAGCGGCUGGCGAAGAUGGGGAUCGAUCCGGUGACACACAAGCCCAAGAGCGACGCCCUCCUGACAUCCUCCCACGACGGCAACUCCAAGAGCGCCGCCCAUCUCAGCCACAUGGCCCAGUGGGAAAGCGCCCGCCUCGAAGCCGAAGCCCGCCUCGCCCGGCAAUCCAAACUCCGGUCACCUUCCACCGCCGCUCUCGCCCCGGCCGCCGCAUCUCCGGCGUGCCUUGAAAUUCUAAAGGCCUGGGGUGGCCUCGACAGUGGGCCCUUCUCUCUCGCCGGACUCGAGGAUCCGAUCGAGUCUCCCACGUCGACUCUGAGCUAUUCCGACAUCAAGCCGCCGCCCAUGUCUGGAAUGCCGGCGCCGGAGCAUUUACAGCCGGAGUUCAAACACGUCGCCGAGUUCCCGCCGGAGAUGAUGGAGAGCGCGUGGACGCACGACCAGAUCCCCAGUGGGAAUUUCGUGGAGAGGUUCACGGAUCUCUUGCUGAGUGCGAAUUCGACGGAGGAACGGUGCUUGUCGGAGGCCGGUAGCACCGAGUCCGUGAACGCCGGCGACGGCACCGGGGAUCAUUGUUAUGAAGAUAACAAGAUUUACUGGGACAGCAUACUAAAUUUGGUUAAUUCUUCGCCGUCGGAUUCGCCUAUGUUUUAGAAGCACAGAAUAAUAGAGUAAAAAUUUCAUUUCCUUCUACACGUUUUGCAAACGAUCUUACUUUUAUCUGUAUCACAGACAAUUCAUUUUAGUCGAAUGCUGAAAAUUAUCUGUUACACGAACGAAAUAUAGAGAACGUGUAGGAAAUGUGUCUGGAAGGGUAUGUACAACAAAAAUUGUUCUAAGAUAGAGUAUGGUGUUGAUUGUAUUUAGUGUCAUUAUUUUGAAGAAUUUCACUCGGGUCGCCUUUAAAAGUCUACAUUGUAUCCUAAACACCAAACGUUUAUUCAUUAUUAUUGUCGUUUCUAUCAUAAA